AUCUGCUCUUUAUCCCUCUCUCGCCGUCUCCUGCACGAAACCCAUAACCUCACGCAACCACACACGCCUUAGCUCCUACCCACCCUCAUCAUCGGAAAAUUCAACCACCACGCCGUGAAAUAUGGAGGCUCCGGCGGUGGCUGGCGGCGAUCUUGGGAUCCAAUUGACGUUGUCUUGCCGCUACUUGUUUGGAAACUCUAAGCGUAUCUGCUAGUACAACUACAAAUACAAAUUACAAAACCUAAGCAAAAGCAACUUUACUUAGCAUAGUUUUCAAGUUAUUCCAUGCUUCAUCUCAUAACCCCGAGGCAGAUUAUUAUUAUCACUAUAUAAUAAUACGAGAGGGAAAAAAAAUCGAAGAGGCUUGCUCUGAUUUCAGCGUCUACAGUUUUGGGCAGAGAACAUUAAUUUUUUUAUAUUUUAUUUUUUACUUUUUCCUUUUUCUGGAUUUUUCUGACUUUCUCCGUCCUCAAAUUUUAAAAACGAAGACGGAGAAUCGAGAAAGGUGAUUGCGCAGAACUUAGAGGUUUAAUUGCUUUUUACACAGUUUUUGUCUUCUGAGUUCUCAAGAAUCGGUAAUGGAAAAGACGAACAAGUGAGAGUGUGAGUUUCAGUUCUAAACCAUUGUCGUCGUCGUCGUUAUCGCCGAUGCAUUUUCCGAUGAAAAUUCAGCCAAUUGAUUCCCAGGUUCCGUCCGAAGGGACUCGGCUUGAGCUAGCCAAGCCGGUUGUGAAGUCACGACUGAAGCGGCUCCUCGAGCGCCAAUUCUCUGGCGUUCUCAGAAAUUCGGCGCCGGAAAAGAUUGCCGGAGGCGAUGAACCGCUUAACGGCUCCAAUGAUUUCGAGCCGAGCUCGGCGUGUUUGGCGAAAAUGGUGCAGAGUUUCAUCGAGGAGAGUCACGAGAAGCACUCCGCUUCACACCACCGCAACCGAUGUAACUGCUUCAACAGGAACUACGACGACAGCUCGGACGAAGACUCGAACUCGUUCGGCGACUCCAAUUUCUCCUCCGGCGAGGCCUGCGAAACUCUCAAGGGUUUGGUAGCGUGCGCGAGCGUGCGCGAUAGGAGUUUGCUUGCGGACACUGCGAAGAUAGUUGAGAAGAAUAAGAUCUGCAAGCGCAAAGACAGUUUCUGCAGAAAAAUUGUCACAGACGGAUUGUUAGCCCUCGGAUACGAUGCUUCCAUUUGCAAAUCUCGCUGGGAAAAAUCUCCUUCAUAUCCCGCUGGGGGAUAUGAAUACAUAGAUGUGAUGAUGGGGAAAGAGCGAGUUGUUAUUGACAUUGACUUCAGGUCAGAAUUCGAGAUUGCUCGAUCCACCAAAGCGUACAAGACGAUUCUCCAGAACCUUCCCUACAUAUUCGUUGGCACGUGCGAGCGGUUGCAGAGCAUCGUGGCGCUCGUGUCGGAGGCAGCGAAGCAGAGUCUGAAGAAGAAGGGAAUGCACGUGCCUCCAUGGAGGAGAACCGAAUACGUGAAAGCGAAGUGGCUCUCCCCUUACACGCGCACUCACGAUAUCAAAGAGGAGAAGAAGAAGGAAGAAGAACAACAACAGCUUUUUAAGGACAAUUUAAACACCGCGGAGUCAGAGAGUUCCGGCGAAGAUAACACGGCGGUUGUCGAAUGGAAGCCACCGGAGUUGAAACCUAAGGGUUCGCUUUCCGGCGUGAAGGUUGUGACUGGUUUGGCAGUGGUUUUUCAUGAUGACAAUAACCCAUAAAAUUUUGAAUUUUUUUCGGCUUUUUUUUUUCAAUUUUAAUUGUCUAAAAUGAGGAUUAAAAUCUAUAUGACUAUAUAACUGUAACAGUUCUGUGACUUCUAUCCCCUUCUGUUUUUUUUCUUACAUAUGGGGUGGAUUUUUACUGAUAUCAAUAAAAUAAAGCUGAAAUACAGUAGUGAUACAUUAAGGUGAA